AUGUCGAUACUCGAGGAAGAGCCUAUUGGGGACACAUCUACGCUAAGUCUUGUGAAUGAUGUGGCCUGCUUCAUUCAGGCCUGCUCUGAGUCCCUGCACGACACAGAAGAUCUCCCAGAAACGCAAGAUUCGGGCAUUGGCCUUGAAGCCCUUGAAGAGUCUUCCAUUUCAGCUAUUGCAUGCGAAGAUCAUGAUGAGGAGCCAAUACUCGCUCCUGCGGCACCGACUGCUGAGAACCUUCACUUCGAUGGCGCGGAUGGCCAGGGUGAAGUGACGCGGUACUUGGACGCCAUUCAAGGUCUCGUAGAAGCCAGCCUAUUCACCUUGAUAUCCGGACCAAAAGCCAUGGCUGGUUUCAGAACGAUUACGAAGAUGACAUCGCCUUCCCUCAGCCUUCUCAUGCCACAGGUGCUGAACACCAAGCACUUAUCAGCAAUCGCUGUUCAAUCACGCCUCCUACCGAUUUUGACCUCGACACUCGUCGAUGCGCAGCGAAUUCAUACCGGCUCCUCGGAAAUCAUAGCACCUAGUGACUCAGACGAGCUAUCGUCGCGGAGCCGAGACCUUUUAGACAGUGAUGUCGGAGAAGUGGCGCGCAAACUUUGGGGAUUGGCAAACUCGAAAACUACUGUGCCGCCUCCUGUUCGUCAAAGACGUCGCGCAGUGCCCCAAGGAUCGUUUGGCUAUACGGAGGCUGUUUUCGCCGCGACAGCAGUUGAGACUUUGUUUGACGACGAAAAUAACGUCGAAGAUUUCAUGAAUGACGACUUGGAUCAAACUUUCGCCAUGGUUUCCGAAGAAGAGCUGCUGGCCUGGGAAGCCCCUCUGUCGCCACACCGCUAUGUGGAAGGGCUUGAAACGGGGAGAUUUGAUUCUGACUGCGGAUAUCAGCUAUCUGACUUCGGCGAAGACGAGAACCCAAGCCAAUCUCGAAGUGAAGUCGCAUCACCGAGCUGGGAAAUGGAAGUUGAUUUUCCAGACGGCGAUCGUGAAGGUUGGGCCGACGACCUUGGAAGACCAGCUCGCUUUUACGAUACAGCAGCUGAUGAAUGGCCAGAUUUGUGGUCUGCGGACGGGCUUGAUGAAGACACGGUCAGCGAUUUUGGGAACAUGGAUGACGAAGCUGUUGAACACAGCAUUUGUGGAGAGGCUUCGCCUGCUCUCUCUGACACGGAGAUUGGCGAAGAGCUGGAAUCAGAUGGUGCUGGCAAGGAAGAAUACUGGUUGAUCGGUAACGAUGACAGAGUUCGUCACGACUACGAAGAAUUUGACUUGGACGCUGCCGAAGAGGACGACUCUCAUUGCAACAACCAACGAUACACGGAACUGAUACCGCCAUGGGAAGACGCAUGGCAUGGAUAUGAGAAUAGAAGCGUGGAGGGCGAAGGGCGCGGCAUGGAACUAUACAGCCCGGAAUCAAGGUGCGAAGAUCCUGAAAACGGCUUUCUACGCGACCCAUCUGCCGACGGUUCUUGGCGACAUGACGCCGGGUUUGAAUCUGAUGAAGGCUAUUCAGAGUCGGUGUUAUACUCGCAACAUAUAUGGCCGGAGGAUGUCAUGCUAGCGGAAGAGGAGCCGCAUUUUCUCGAAAACGGGUAG